AUGAUGAUGACCAUGGAUCAACCUUCUUCUGGUUUCGGUGAUUUUGGUGGCGCAUAUUCAUCUGAUAUGUUUACAUCAAAUCAAUCGACAUCGCCACCAAUUGGUAGCGAUCCAGAUGUUGACUGGAGUGUAUUUGAGAAUGCUGAACGAUAUUUAUUACGUGAUGAUAGUGCAUGGAUAACACGUUUAAGUAAAGAUUUUUGGUGGAAUCUUGAUCGUAUAUCGGAAAUGAUAACAUAUGAUAUUCCAUCUGCUCAACAAAUCAAUAAUAAUAAUCGACCUACACAACAAAAAUUUAAUCAACAACAUUUUAUGCAACAAUCAGCUCCACCACCGGCUAAACCUUUUCCUCAACAACAACAACAACAACAAGGACCACCACCACCAAUGCAAUUCUCUGGUAUUCCACCACGAAAAAUUGUUGGUCAACGCUCAACAAAUCCAAAUCAUCCAUAUAGAAAUCCUUCGAUGUUUAAUAAUGGUUUUGCUUCACCACCACCAUCAUCAUCAUCAUCAUCUUCAUCGGGUUCAACAAUUGUUCGACCAAUAACAAAUAAUAAUAUGAAUAAUAUGAAUACAAAUUUUAACAUUCCAGAUAAAUCAAAUUUUUUUCAAGCUUUUUCAUCAAUGUCAAUGGGUGGCGGCGGCGGCGGCGGCGGCGGCGGUGGUGGUGGUAAUAAUAAUGAUCAAGAUAUUGAAUAUAAUCCAUUUCAAUCAAAAAUAUCUUUUGAUAAUAAUAUGUGGGGAAAUAAUUCCCAACAACCAAUCCCGUGGCAAUAA